AUGACACAACUAUACCUUGGUAAUUUAAGAUCCGAAUUUACUAUUCCACAACACGACGAUACUCGUAGAAAUCAACUUAAUCAGGCCUUACGCGAUUCAACAAUGAAAAAAGAUAUCAAUUUUGUCGAUUUUGGAGAUACCAUCCAUCUGAGAUCACCGCUAACCAACACAGAUGAUACACACGGAACAGACGAAUUUGGAGAACUAGUCAAAGAUGCCAGUAACCAGCAAACAAUCCUAAACAGAAAGAUAAUUAAAUUGCAUUUAGUUUUCUCAAGGAAAAAUUUUGCAUUUGUUCAUGGAGGUUUUACUGGAUCGAAACACUAUACUAUAUGA